AGUCACCCAGUAGCCGCAGAGCAAACCAUAUCACUACUGAACGCGUUUUCCUUAUUUUUUGUUGAGCUAUUUCUUAUUAUCGCCUUUUCUUUGUUUGUUAUUGUUAGUUGAAAAUAUUUUCGCAAGCCUUUGAGCCAAACAAAUUUUUGCCCGAUAUUCUAAUCGCAACAAUCUCGGUAAAUUGAUUACAAACCAUGCGAGGUUUUCUGGUUAAUUAUUUAAAAAUACUUCUGGCCAUUUCUGCGAUCCGCGAAAUGGCCGGUGGGAUUAUUAGGACGACCACUGACGCUGCUAUUAAAAAGAUAAUGGCAAGGCGAUCAUUGCCCUUUGAGGAUUGCGGUUCCCUGUAUCAAGUCAACUAUUUGAACAUUGACAGCUGUGAGAAAAUACCCUGUUCCAUGCAGCGAAGCUCGACUGUUAAGGUGACGGUGCUCUUCGAUGAUAAUGGCAAUGGUGUUAGCUUUCUUAAGCAUGAGGUACGCUGGGUCUUCAACUACGUCAAAACACAGGCCCUUAUCUCGCCUGAUCCUUGUGAUGGCAAUCAAGAUUGCAUAUUGAAUGUAAAUGAUGAGAAAACCUAUUGGGCAAAUAUAUUUGUGAAUGAAACCUUGCCAGUGAUGAGCGGCAGUAUGUUGUGGGAAGCCAAAGAUGAGAGCAAUCAGAAUCUUAUAUGCUUUGAGGUGCCUGUCAUAAUCACCGUGUAAAUGUGUAUGUAAGACGCAGAAAAAUAAAGUAAUUGGUGCAUGCAAAAACAAAAGAAAC